AGUGUCUUUCAAGAUCAUUUCCGGGUCCAGAAAUCGAAUUUUAGAUUUCUCUUCAUGCCAAACCGGAAUUUGGCACCCCGCUAAAUUUUUUCAUAUUGAUCCUGUCCGAUUUUACUUAAAGAUAAUUUCUGGGCUGCAGUUGAAUUUACCCAAUGGCCUCUGUUUCCGGAUAUUUUUUAUUAAUUUUUUGUGUAAAUUUUAAAUUCAAUUAAUUACCAGAUUUAAAUUUCAAUGAAAAAGAUUCACUUCGCCGAUUUAAAUAUUAAACACCGUGGAAAUCCUAAGCAAACCUUAGCUAAUGUAAAACGAGCCGUGAGAAUGGGAUAUGAUGCUGUGGUUAUUAAUAUUGACAUUGGAAGGUAUUCUCAAGUAGAUAUUGAUAAUUUACAACAACCACCGAAUAAAAAGAAAAAAAUUCAACAGAAAAAGGAAGAAAAUGAAGAAGAAUCUUUAACAGAAACAAUAAUUCCAGAUCCAUUUAUUUUAGAUGAAUCAGAAUUGGAUAUUUCUACUUUUUUGCAAAACGGGAAAAGUUUUCGCCAAUUUAGUCGUUUAACAGUAACAUUAGACGAAAAUUCUGUUCAUAAAUUUCAACAUGACGCAAGGGUGAAAAAAUAUGAUAUUAUUGCUGUUCGUGUUCCAAAUGAACAAUUACUUUUGACAUUACAAAGGAAGGGAGACUUUGUUGAUUUGGUUACUCUUGAUGGAAUUUAUAGAGAAGUUGGAGGUAUUUCUUGGUUAUUUAAACAAAAAAUUGUUCAAAGUUGUGUUAAUGUUGGUAUUUAUUUUGAGAUAACUUAUUCUAAAGCAUUGCAAGGUUCUGAAAGGAGAAGACAAAUUUCAUUACGAGCUCCUUAUGAUGUUGGAAAUUUAAGUACACUUUUUGGACUGCCUUUAAUGUCUGGAAGGAAAUUAAUUUCAGAAAAUGCCCAGAAUGUAUUGCUAAGGGCUCAGACACGCAAAACAAUUAAAGGGGCAAUACAUGUCACCAAUUUUUCAACAAAAACCCCGGUUAUUCCCUCUGCUACUGGUCAAAAUUCUGCCCAAGUGCUUAAACAAUUAUCAAAAAUUGAAGAAUUCAAAGCUGAAAUGAAUGAAAUAAAUGAACCAAGUUUGACUUUAUGA